AUGGCCGCCGAGAUCCGACCGCUGCAGCAGCUCAAGCUACCAUCGGGUCCGUCGCCCGUGACGGCCGAGCAGCGCUACUGGAAGUCGUUCACGAAUUCAAAGUCGCACACCUCGACGGCCUCAUGGCCCGUCACGCACAUCAGCUUCCCUGCGCCGUCCUCCUCCUCCUCGUCUACAUCCGCUACGACCGCCGCCAAGAACAAUGACUUAUUCGCCGUCACCUCCGGGCCCCGCGUCGACGUCUACUCCAUCCGCCGGCGCGACCCUCUCAAGACGAUCGGCCGCUUCGACUCUGUCGCCCGCUCGGCCGAGAUUCGCGGCGACUCGAGGGUGCUGGUGGCGGGCGAGGACUCGGGCAAGAUGCAGGUGUUUGACGUCGCAGGCGGCAGCAGAGCGGUCAUUCUCAAGACGUGGCACAUUCACAAGCAGCCGGUCUGGGUGACGAAGUGGUCGCCGACGGACCUGACGACGCUCAUGAGCGCCAGCGACGACAAGACGGUCAGGCUGUGGGACCUGCCGGGCCAGGAGCCGACACGGACGUUCGUGGGCCACGGCGACUACGUGCGGUGCGGCGCCUUCAUGCCCGCCUCGGGAGCGAGCAGCACCAUGCUCGUGUCUGGAAGCUACGACUCGACAGUCAGGAUAUGGGACUCGAGAGCGCCCCGCGGAGCGGUCCUCACCUUCAAGCACGAGGCGCCAGUCGAGGCCGUCCUCCCCUUACCGUCAGGCACCACCCUCCUCGCCGCGUCCGGCAACGCCAUCUCGGUGCUCGACCUCGUCGCCGCGAAACCCAUCCGCCUCAUCACCAACCACCAGAAGACCGUGACAUCGCUGUCCCUCGCCUCGCACGGGCAGCGCGUCGUCAGCGGCGGUCUCGACGGCCACGUCAAGGUCUUCGAGACGUCCUCGUGGAAUGUCGUCGCCGGCGCAAAACCCGGCUGA